AGACAGACUCCCGCUUGCCUUUCCGCCAGGAUUUAAAACGCCUUCACAUCGCAUCCAGCAACAGAAGAAAAUAAAUAAUACGAGUAACUUAUGUUGAAACCCCGUGUUUAAUGCAGACGCUGACUUCAAAUGCUUUGACUUUUACAUUUUAAACACUCUUGGCAUUUCCACGCUCGAAAACAUGUCCCUGCCACCAGAAAAAGCAACUGAAUUAAAACAAAUAAUCCAUGACCAUUUAAUCAAGAUGGAUAUCCAUGGUAAAAUCCGUGAUGUUUUAGCGGAGACCGUGAGGGGUGAUGGGCAGCAUGGACAGCGCUCUCUCUCUGAGGAGGAUUUCAUACAUGCUCUCCAGCGGAGGGGAAUCGUGGAUGAUGUGAUGAAAGAUCUCCACUUCACAAAUGUGGAUGUUUCUCAAACUGAAGCUGAUUCUGUGAACAAGUCUGCAACUCGUUUUGUGGACAAGAACAUCACACAGCUGAAGUCAACUAACAUCAGUCCACUAAGGAGAUACCUCUACCUACAAGUUCUGGGCGGUAAGGCCUUCCUGGAACACUUGCAGGAGCCAGAACCUUUACCUGGUCAGGUGUGCUCUACCUUCACCCUUCAUCUCCACUUCCGCAACCAGCGCUUCCGCUCCAAACCAGUCCCAUGUGCCUGUGAACCAGACCUACAGGAGGGCUUUCUUCUGGAAGUCCACAGAGAUGGCCCAGGAGAUGCUAGCAAGAUGGCUGAUGCUACCACCAUGCUGUCCAUCUGUGAUCCAGUGCACAUGGUGCUGAUUAAAACCGACACGUCUGGGGACACAACACUCAUUUCUUCAUAUUUUGUUGACUGGCGGAGAGUUCUCAGUGCUCCCAACGGGAAAACCGGUGUCUCAGCAGAACUGCUGGGAGUGGGCAGUGAAUGUAAAGUAGCUGUUGGUGUUUUGAAUCUGACUGAACUGUAUCCUCCUCUUACUGAGACCUUGAGCCCUGAUGUCAUCACCACCCAGCAAUCCCUGGAAAGGCAGAAAACAGCAGAGAAGGAGAGGCUGUUUUUGGUAUAUGCCAAACAGUGGUGGCAGGAGUUCUUGGAAAUUCGACCCUCACACCAGUCCAAACUGGUGAAGAUCUUUGCACAGGAUGAAAAUGGUGUGAACCGGCCUGUGUGUUCAUAUGUACGGGUAUUGCGUGCCGGCAGGUUGCUUGAGAGUCCGCGACAGGCGGCUCGUUUCGUUAGCCUGCUAGCUCAGGAGAGAGCACCUGUGGUAGGUGGAGGAGUCCGGCAGGAGCAGUGGUGCUCUAUGAUGGCCUUUCUGUGCAGAAACAAGGGCGACUGUGAGGAUCAUGCCACACUGCUGUGUAGUCUGCUGUUGGGAUUUGGACUGGAUGCUUAUGUAUGUGUGGGCACCAAAGCCAAAAACAUUCCCCACACCUGGGUCAUGACCUGCGGUACAGACGGCUCCAUCACCUUUUGGGAAAGUUUCACUGCACACAGAUACCUCCACCAUCCAAUAGACCCAGGUGCUCCCCCCAUGGUUCCCCAACCAAAACCCACCCACCCUUACCGGACGCUCGGCUGCGUCUUCAACCACAAGAUGUUCCUGGCGAACUGUCAGCCAUCAGAUGCUGUGGAGCUGUGCGUGUUUGACUUCACAGAUGGCUCCCGCUGGAAGGCCAUGAGCGAGGAGGCCGUGAGAUCUGUAUGUGCACCCGGCUCCACCUCCUCUCUCCCCCCGACUCCUCCUCUCUGCUCUCCUUCUCUAGUGCCUAAUGAGGCCAGCAACCAACUUGAGCUGGAAAUGCGCUACCUUUUAGCAGAGCAUAGAAAGGAUCUCGGUCUGGCAACGGUCUGGGAUGAUCACCUGUCAUACCUGCUGUCCGCAGCGCUGUCGGCGUAUGAACUAGAGCGCUGUACAGGUGUGUCAUGUGGAAACGAGGAGUUUCAGGAUGCUGUGAGAAGAUCAGUACCUGACGGACACACUUUUAAAGGCUUUCCUAUUCAUUUCUUGCACCGUAAUGCGCGCAGGGCAUUCGCUACCUGCCUCAGGUCACCGUUCUGUGAAGAGAUUGUUUGCUGCCGAGGGGAUCAUGUGCGACUGGCCGUGAGGGUUCGUGUGUUUGCCUAUCCAGAGUCGGCUUGUGCUGUGUGGAUCAUGUUUGCUUGCAAGUACAGAUCAGUGCUGUGACAGAAAGCAGUAUGACCAUUCACCUCAGGUUUAUAGAAUUCACAAAUCUCCUUUACAGCUCCUUAAACUAAUCUGCUGGGUUUGGAGUAUUAUUAUGAGUUUUGCAACUACAUGUAUGCCAUUCAAAUCUGUGCUGCUCAUAUAUGUGCAGUACAAUUACAAUUGUUUUACAUGUACAGAGUGUGUGUGUGUGUGUGUGUUUGUCAGUUGGAGGCUUUUAAAAUGGUAUUUAUGGAUAUAUUUUUUCUAAAUAAAUCACUUUUACAAUGCUUUUAUUU